AUGCCGAGGUUAAACAGACUUUGCACGGUCUUGGCUGCGGGUGACUUUCUGUCCAUCGCCCCCACUCACCUGCCACCACCUCCAGCAGCAGCCGCCGCAGCCCCGGCGCCGCCUCCGCCCGCGCGUCCGUCCGGCCCUCCCCGGCGCGGGGCCCCCGGCGCGGCCUCUGCCCGCCUCGCCUCGCCUCGCCCGCCUCGCCCCGCCGGGCCUGCUCCCCGCGAUCGCCCGCUCGCUCGCUCGCUCGCAGCAGCCGGAGGGAGCCCCGGGAAGAUGGCGGCGGGGCCGGGAGCGGACGAGGUGCCCCCCGAUGCCCGCGGCCCCGCGCCCCCCGAGCUGCCCGCCGACGAGGUGGCGACGCGGCUGCAGCGGAUGCACCGGGAGCUGAGCAACCGCAGGAAGAUCCUGGUCAAGAACCUGCCCCCGGACAGCCACCUCCAGGAGGUUCACAGUUUACUACAAGACUAUGAGCUAAAGUACUGUUACUUGGACAGAAAUAAACGAACAGCGUUCGUCACUCUGUUGAACGGGGAGCAAGCCCAGAAAGCCAUCCAGACCUUCCAUCAAUAUUCCUUCCGAGGCAAGGACUUAGUCGUCCAGCUGCAGCCAACGGAUGCCCUGCUCUGCAUCACCAACCUGCCGACUUCUUUUACCCUCGAAGAGUUUGAAGAACUCGUCCGCACUUACGGAAACAUCGAGAGGUGCUUUUUGGUCUACAGCGAGGUCACCGGCCACUCCAAAGGCUACGGGUUUGUGGAGUACAUGAAGAAGGACUUUGCAGCCAAGGCGCGGCUGGAGCUGCUGGGCAAACUCCUGGGGGCCUCGGCGCUGUUCGCUCAGUGGAUGGACGUGAGUCUGCUGGCCGCUGAGCUGGUGCAUUCCAAGUGCCUUUGUAUAGACAAACUCCCCAGUGACUACAGGGAUGCCGAAGAGCUGUUGCGGUGCUUUUCCAGCAUCCAUAAGCCUGUGUUUUGCCAGCUUGCACAGGAUGAAGGGAGCUACGUCGGUGGCUUUGCAGUGGUGGAAUACAGCACAGCCGAGCAGGCUGAAGAGGUCCAGCGGGCGGCCGAUGGGAUGAGUAUCCAGGGGAGCAAAGUCCAGGUUUCCUUCUGCGCCCCGGGAGCACCAGGAAGAAGCACUUUGGCAGCCCUGAUAGCGGCUCAGCGUGUGAUGCACAGCAACCAGAGGGGGCUGCUCCCAGAGCCAAACCCCAUGCAGAUCAUGAAGAGCCUAAACAACCCCGCCAUGUUGCAAGUGCUUCUGCACCCCCAGCUCUGCGGGCGAGCGGUGAAGCCAGCCGUCUUUGGAACACCGAGCCUGCCUCACUUACUGACUCCAUCCAUCGCUCCUGCAUUUUUACAUUUGAAUAAACCACAUCAGAGCACAGUUCUGGGCAGCACCUCGAAUUUAUUCCUGCAGAGUCUUCCUCAAGUAUCACUGGCACAGCACCAGCUGAUGAAGUUCGAGAAUCUUCACACGAACAAUAAACCGGGCCUCCUUGGAGAACCUCCGGCCAUGGUCCUUCAGACGGCCAUAGGGAUGGGCACAGCGUUUCCCUUGAAGGCUGAGCUGGGACACCAUGGAGACGCUCAGAAGACAUCCAGCCUGGUGCCAGCCCCAACCGCCUUCGCUUCAGGAAUGGGGGCGCUGCCCUUCUUCCCCAGUCCACACCUGGCCGGGCCCACAGCGCCUGGGAGUUCGCAGGACAAGCAGCCACCUGCCACGGUGGGAACAGCAGAUGGAAACUUCUCCGGGCCACAGGCGCAGCUUCAGAGUUUCCCCAACCUUCCUGCCAGAGGUUUGCUACCGGGACCCCAUAAGCAACCCCCAAGCCAGCCGGAAGGCCCAGAGAUAAGCCCAGGGGCUGCCGCUAAGACGCAGACUUCGCUCUUGGGAGAACCACCAAAGGAAAUUCGGCUGAGCAGAAACCCGUACUUGAACUUGGCAAGUGUACUACCCAGUGUCUGCCUAACACCCCCUACAAGUAAAGUCGGUUUGCAGAAGACUGGAAUCGCAAGCAACCUUCUGGAGGUGAUCUCUCAGGGAAAUGGAGCACAGCGCGCACUGGAAAAGUGCAUCGGUUACUCUCAGCCUCUGGGUGAUUAUGCACAGGUGUCAUCUUUAAGAAAUGAGAAACGCGGAUCAUCCUAUCUCAUCUCCGCUCCAGAAGGUGGCUCAGGAGAACUUAUGGACCAGCAUUCUCAGGGCGCAGGAACAUAUUCUAUGGAAACCUACUUAAAAAAGAAGCGCGUGUACUGAAUGGGGGUUCUUGUCAUGCCCUCCUAAGGUUCUUUGCAGUAUUCCUGCUGUUCAUUGCUGCCUUAAGUACCUUCAAACUAGCCAUAUCUUUCAAUACGGGUUCUUGAUUUCCCAUAGGAACUGUGUUGUGGAGCAGGCAGAGCUGCCAAACAUACAGCAAUAAAAGACCAGUGAGGACACUUGCCACUAGAAUUAGACGCAUCCUAAUGUGUAUUAACUUAGAGUCCAUUGGAGAAAUUCAGUGUUUCCACAGUCCUUGCAUUAGGCCCGGGACUCGUCCUGACACCAUAUAUUAAAAAAAUAUUUGAAGCAAUAAAUAUAAAUGGGAAUCCAUGGGAAACGAGCCUUGUUUCCUGAGCCUUAGAAAUCAUUUAUUAGUCAGUGUGCAUUUCAUGUUGACUUGGACACACUCUGUGUAGAUUUUUAGACCUUUCCCUAGAAAAAGUCCAGGUGUAUGGUAAGGAAUGCAGAGAUUCUUGGGCUCUGCGUGUGAACCACACAAGCAGCCAGCCUUGCCCCCGGGAGCUGUGUCCAAAGCAUCCAUGUGUGCAGAGGCUCGACACUGUCUGUGGAAGACAAGGGAUUUCACAAGUGGCCUAGUGACCUGAGUACGGGGUGGCCAUGGGUGUACCCUGAGGACCAGAGUUGGUCCUUCCCCUGAUUUGUCCUGACUGCAAUUAAGAAUGCUUACAUUUCCCAAUGAUUGGAAGGACAAAACCGAGUAUGAAAUCCAUAGUGAAAUGUUGUAACGCUCUUGCUCAUUGGGAACUGUGGCUACUCGUGUUCACCAGGGCAGAGCUACGUAACUUGGACAGAGACAAGACCAUUUGACCUGAAAAGCGUAAAAUAUUUACUCUCUGGCCCUUUAUACAGAGAUUUGCUUGAGCUAAGGCACUAGUCCUUGGACUUCAACUAAAGAAGGAUCUUAAUUUUUGUAGUUGGCAAGAAACCAUAGUAUAGUUUCUAUGCUUCAUUCCACAGCAUAGACAAGUUGGGAUCCAAGUCAUUGCAUUUAUACCUUUUUCCCCCCUGGCCAGUCUGGUGCCCAUUCAUGGACUGAUGGUUAAGAACCACUGAUUGACUUUACCCCGUCAAAUGCCAGAUAGCCGCAAAGUCGCAGUGCAGCGACUACUAUGCUUUCUGAAGGAGUCUUAAAAUUUGUAACCAUUUUGAGCUACCGUGGUAUACCUCACUCUGCCUUGUCCUAUUCUUUUUAGUAUUAGGCUGAAAACUCAGCUAUUUAGCCUAGUUUACUUUUGGAAGAAUUGUUAGUUGCAUAUAACUUUUGCCCACCUGUUCCUGAAGACUUUGUUGGUAUUAAAUGCAUGAGCGGCCCUUUGCCAUCUAGAAAUUUCUAAGUUUGUGCCUUGUUUGAGAUUUAAGUUUAGGCGUCUUCAUGAUCCUAGACUUGAAGUCAGCUCAUUUACAUCUCUCUCCUGUUAUCUAAUUUGUCUGAAUUACAAAGCUUGACACUGGUAAAUGUUUGAUUUGUAAAGAAUGUUCCUUGGUCUCUUCUACUGCAUCUGUUUGCCCCUAUGGAAAGAGGACAGCAAGUUGGUGCCUGGGGCCCCUUCUGAGUAUACAGCCUGUAAGCGACUAUCAGGACAUGGCUCCCUCAUCGGUGACUCAGGUUGAGUCACAGGCUCUCCGAAGCUCCUUUUUCUAGUUAUGUUAGUCAUUCCUGAGUAUAAGUGGGAGAUCUGGGGUUACAUCAGAGACCUGCCCACCGUACUGGCCAGCGUACUCUGUCCCUGGCUCUAACCCUAGCUAAAUACAAACCAAAUGACAUUAAGAAAAAGCAUCAUUACCCCAUACACAAUGUGGUUAUUUUUCUAUACAAAUGAAUUGUAUUAACUGCUUUGAAAAAGAGGUCUCACUUAUUAAAAGGCAUAUGCAUGUGAA